AUGAUUAUAGUGAAGCAAUCAAAAUCUUUAUUGAACAAGGUGACCCCCGAUAUCCUCACGGGCCAAAGAUCACCUUCGCCAUCUCCAUCUUCACUUGAGCCGCCUUCUCCAAAAUCAAAUAAUGUUUCAAGGAGAUCUACAGUGUCUCACCAUAAUCACCACACGGGAAGUGUAAAUGGUGCCCACUCGCCACCAAAUAGUCCCAGCACACACAAGGGCAUUAACUAUGCUGGUGGUGGUAGUGGUGGUACCUAUUUUGCUGAUCACGAUAUAAGUCCUGUAAGCUCACUUGAUCCCGAUGCAGAUCUAGAAAAUACCGAUAAUGUAAAGCAUUUGAAAGAUACAUUGAGGCGCGGGAGGUCUAGCAAACACCACGGACAUAAUAACGGGCAUUCUCAUGCCCAUGGUCAUAAUCGACAGCACCGAGGAAAUCACAAGGAAGACAGGGACGACGCACAACGGGAAGAGAAAGAGGCUGGUGCUACAUCAUCAACAACAACAACAACGGGUGCAGUAUCUCGUGAAAAGAGGACUGGUUCCAAUACACUAUAUGAAAUCAAGAAAGGAAAAGCAGACGUUGAGAUCACCUCACCAGAGUCUGGCGAUUCAUUUGCUGCUUCGGGAGGCACUGCUGCUGUCAAGCUUGAAUGGAAAGACUCUGACGACUCAGACUCUGAUUUAUCCUUGGACAAUGUCAAGACAUAUACCAUCUCACUUUGUACAGGCUCAAACUCAGCCAUUCAAUGUCUCGAUCCAUCUAUUGACCAAGAGAAGUUGAGUUCUAAAUCACAAACUAUCAAUAUUGAUUCGACAGAUGUGCCUAACGGGUACUAUUACUUUCAAAUCUAUACUGUGUUCACCAAUGGUGCAGACACAAUCCAUUACUCCCCCAGAUUCAAGUUGACUGGUAUGAGUGGUGCCACUGGUACUUUCACCGUCACAGCAACCGGUGAUCCACCAGCAGGCGCAACUGAAAACUAUGAUGUUGCAACAAACACAGACUUUAGCAAGAGUUUCACUGUGCCAUACACUUUGCAAACUGGUAAAACUAGAUUUGCACCAAUGCAAAUGCAACCUGGCUCUACAGUAACCGCAACAACAUGGACAAGAAGAUUUCCAACAAGUGCAGUGACUUACUACACUACAAAGUCCAAGAGCCCCGUCGUGAUGUCUACAAUCACACCAGGCUGGAGUUAUACAAUGAGUUCAGAUGUCAAUUGGGCAAGUGUGGCCCCCUACCCUACUUACUGGUACCCAGCUAGUCAGAGAGUAAGUACCGCUAGUAUCACAGCAACUAAGAAGAAGAGAAGAUGGUUAGAUUAA